GUGUCCUCUGGUGGCCACGGUUAAAGUAAAGGCAGGGCACAGUCUAAAACCUCCAAGGCCGUCAACCGUGAUCCGGGUCGUGCUUGUGACUCGUGAGGAGCCAGCUGAAAUUUGACACCUGGGCGUAGACCCUUUUGCAUUGGUGAAUUGUGACUACUAUCUAUUUUGGAAGUGGGUGGGACUAUUUGUGGGUGGGUGUGCAGGGAUGGCGGACCCGGAUGAUUACGAGAGCCUGCCGGCUUCCACGCCUUUGAGUAUCACGUGCUUGGCGGGGGCCACGGCCGGAAUCGCCGAACAUUGCGUCAUGUUUCCCGUGGACUCGGUCAAGACCCGUAUGCAAUCAUUGUCGUGCGGCAAGCAGCAAGCGGGCAUGGUCGCCGUGAUGCGCACCAUGGUGCAAGAAGAAGGCCUCUUCCGUCCCAUGAAAGGCAUGAACGCCAUGGCGGCCGGAGCCGGACCCGCGCACGCUCUGUAUUUUACGGCCUUGGAAAAGACCAAAGAGCACCUCGUGGAGCGACGGAACAUUCCCGAGCACUUGGCCAGCGGCAUAGCAGCCCUGGGCGCCACGGUGGUUCAUGAUGCCGUCAUGACCCCCGCCGAUGUCAUCAAACAAAGGAUGCAAAUGUGUUGCAGUCCCUACUCAUCAUGUACGAAUGCAGCCGUGAGGAUCCUCCAGGCUGAGGGCCCCAGGGCCUUCUAUCGCUCCUACUUGACCCAAUUGACCAUGAAUGUGCCUUUCCAAGCCUCCAUGUUCAUCUCGUACGGUGCCAUUCAAGGGUUUUUCAACCCCAACAAAGAGUACAGCCCAGUGAUUCACUUUGUGGCCGGUGCCAUCGCUGGAGGUAUCGGAUCGGCCGUCACCAUGCCCCUGGAUGUGUGCAAGACGCUCUUGAAUACUCAGGAGGCGGGUGUACUCAAGCAAAUUCAUCGAAGCGAAGUGGUCGGAUUAGUCAAUGCGGCCCGGGUGGUGCAUCAGGUGACCGGUUAUCCUGGGUUCUUUCAGGGUUUAUCGGCUCGAAUCCUCUAUCAAGCACCGGCUACGGCCGUGUCUUGGUCGGUUUACGAGUUCUUCAAGUACUAUCUGAAGGGGUUGAACUCGGGCCAACGGGAUGAUGACCAACACUUCGAGACCUUAGCUGACAUCACGGCUCUGACUGCAGCUGCCUCCACCUCUUCGCCCAGAUAACAGCCUUCGUGAAUGCAGUAUCUUUCCCUCCCAUCGAUGAGACGGAAAUCAAGUUCAGUGCAGCUUAUUUCCGGUCCAUAGAGUCUUGCCGACAGAACCACCACUCCUCGGACGGCCUCACUCGAGCUUGGAUCAAAUCCAGUGAGGUUUAUUCAAGUCAUUCAUUCAGAAAUCUCGUGACGAAUGUUUUAAUUGCCCGCAUUUGGGCGUUGUGAUAAAAGAAAGAAGAAAAAAAUCCAUCUCACGGUUGGCGGUGGUGUUGACGCUCGAACGUGGAGAGGAUAUCCCCCGAACUAAUCACAUCAUCUUUGCAAGACAAGACUUACACGAGGACGGGAAUUCGGCCCCUUCGAAAUCAUUUUGCGCACCCGACCAAAUUCCUAGAGAAUGAUAGUACGGUUCCCGAGCUACACAUGUUAGUUGAAAAAGUCAAAGUCAUCCGCAGUCGAGUCUAUGCUUCCCCAAAAAAUUGUAAUAUUGCCACGUAUUGCCGUGGGAAUAAAAAGAGAUUAAUUAGAUUGGA